AUGAUCACCGACGCCAUCGUGGUGUCCAAGCCCGGAGCGCCCUUCCAGUACCAGCAGAUCGAGCUCCACGAUAACCUCCGGGCCAAUGAAGUGCUCGUCCACAUCAAGGCCACCGGGGUGUGUCACACCGACCUCAACUUCUCAAAGGAGAAGACCAUGCCGGAGCUGUUUCCAGCGGUCCUGGGCCACGAGGGUGCCGGUGUCGUCGAGCGGACGGGAUCAAACGUGACGAAAUUCGCAAGAGGGGACCACGUCGCCGUCGUCUUCAGCUCAUGCGGAGAGUGCAAGUACUGCCUGCGCAAGCAAUCGUCGUAUUGCGACUUAUGGUUCCAGUACAAUUUUGGCAUCGGGAGGCUGGAUGGGUCCAAGGUAUUUUCGAGCCUAACUACAGGGAGACCCAUCACGAGCCACUUCUUCGGACAAAGCAGCUUCGCGAGGCAUAUCCUGGUGUCUCAAAACGGAUUGGUGAAGGUUGACAAGGACUUGCCCUUUGAGCAGGUCGCGGCUCUAGGCUGCGGAAUCAUGACGGGCGCCGGAGCCAUGCUGAACGUGGUUGAACCAUCUUCGGACAUGGCUGUUGCUGUCGUAGGUGUCGGAGCCGUGGGACUAUCAGCAAUCAUGGCUCUCAAGAUGCUCGAAACACCACCCAAGAGGAUCAUCGCCAUAGACAUCGUUCCCACGAGGUUGGAAAUGGCUCGCUUAUUCGGCGCAACCCAUGGCGUCAACUCUAAAGUCCGCCCUGAGCUCAUGAAAGUCCUUCUGGAUAUCACGAGCGGGCGGGGGGUAGAUGGUGCUAUCGACACCACGGGGAAGCCAGAAGUAAUCAAAGAACUCGUGCACAGUGCUGCAAGAAAAGGAAAGGUCGUCACAGUGGGUGUUGGCGAUCUCUCCGCAGAAGCGUCAUUGAACAUGUUCGAAAUGGUAAAUGCAGGGUGCAGCUACGUUGGCUGCAACCAGGGAGAUUGCUACCCUCAAGAGUUUCUACCAAGACUGCUGGCAGCGAACCAGGAAGGGCGAUUUCCUUAUGACCAGCUCAUCAAGACAUAUCGUGCCAAGGAUAUUGAGAAAGCAGCCCAUGACAUACAUAGUGGGACUACCGUCAAGGCAGUGUUGCUCUGGGACUGA